GAGAUCAAAGGAGAGCAAGUCAGGGAACUGUCUGUCUGUGGCGCUGUGACAGCAGAGAGAAGCACAUCCACAACAAACAGCUACGACAAGAAAAUCCACAGACCUCCACAGACAUGUCGACGAACACCGUGUCCGCACGCUUCAGACGAGUGGACGUGGACGAGUACGACGAGAACAAAUUUGUGGACGAGGAGGACGGAGCGGAGAAUCAGCUGGGUCCCGAUGAAGCAGAAGUGGACUCACUCAUCAGGCAAGGAAAUCUGACAGAGGCUUUAAAUGCAGUUCUGAAGAAUCCACCAAUCAACACAAAGAACCAGAAUGUCAAGGAUCGUGCUGAGGGUCUGGUGGUGAGAGUCCUCAGUGCCUUUAAGAGCAGUGACAUUGAGAAAGCGGUGCAGUCUCUGGAUAAGAAUGGUGUGGAUCUACUGAUGAAAUAUAUAUACAAGGGCUUUGAGAGGCCGUCUGAAAAUAGCAGCGCCGUCCUUCUGCAGUGGCACGAAAAGGUUCUGGCCGCUGGUGGAGUGGGCAGCAUCGUCAGGGUUCUAACAGCGAGGAAGACGGUGUAAAAGAGAAACUAAGGAUUGGCUCACUCCACAUCGCUCACAGAUAACGGGGGAUGUGCUCCACUGUCGUGUUCUCACUGUAUAAUGUAAGAGAUGGCAUAGGAGCUAAAAGGAAAAACUGAUUUUUAAUCCAAUGUGAUCCUACCGUGAUAAAAGCUUCUUAAAGAAACAUCUGGGUCACAUUGCGUUAAACACUGUUUUUCCUUGUUUCUCCCUAUGCAUGGUCACCGCCCACUAAAUUGUGUUUCUCACAGAGUGCUACAGAAAGCUUCUCGCCUCAUGUCUCUGUAGCUUCCUUCAUCUUUUGAAUCCCCCUCCAAGUCAUUCCGUUACUGUAUGGUCCAAUAUCAACACCAGUGUGGGGUAGUAGCCUCACUGAAGCCUGAUUUACACUCAGAUAUUUUGUCGUGCAAUGUAAGAGGUAGUUUCCAUCUCCAUGAAGAAGUUUGAUCCUGUUAUACAGAGAUGACUGAAAUGUUUCGCUGGAGCAUAAAUUAAAAGCAUUUGAAGCUCUAGUGUGUAACAUUCAAAUCUAAACAAAAGUGCGUUACAUUCACAUCAUUGUCAAA